AUGAGCGACAUGAACGAAGAUGUCGUCGACAACGAAGACGAGCCUUUGGGGGCAGCUGUCCCUGACAUCCCCGUAGGCAUACUCCCCGACUUGAACCACAUGGAAGGCACAUAUUUGGAAAGACUGUACGCGAUGUUGGACCAGUGCUCGCCUGCAAUAGCGUCAUGGACCCCCAACGGCACAGCAUUUGUUGUGUACGACGUCGAAGCUCUGGAAGCCACGGUCCUGCCUCAAUUCUUCAAGCCCAUCAAGUUUGCAUCGUUUGUGCAGGCACCGCAACUCGGAAAGCGCACGAGGCGCAUGCUGUUCAACGCCGCCAGCGCCCCCGAAGACCCGACCUAA